UUACUCUCGGGGUUUAUUUUCUACAUUUCACUGCGGAACUUGACGCUCCGCGGUGACCUCCGCAUCCAGCAGGCAGCAUCCAGGAGGGAGGACCGGACGGGAGGCAGCAGGUUACCGGUGUUUCUUCAUUGUAGGUGAGGCAAAGUGUGGUGGCCAUCAUGGGGGAGCUGUUCAGAAGCGAGGAGAUGACGCUGGCCCAGCUCUUCCUCCAAUCAGAGGCAGCCUACUGCUGUGUCAGCGAGCUGGGAGAACUGGGCAUGGUCCAGUUUAGAGAUUUGAACCCAGAUGUAAAUGUAUUCCAGCGCAAGUUUGUGAACGAAGUGAGGAGAUGUGAGGAGAUGGACAGGAAACUGAGGUUUGUUGAGAAGGAGAUCAAAAAAGCUGCCAUCCCAAUGGUGGACACUGGAGAGAAUCCAGAAGUACCUUUUCCCAGAGACAUGAUCGAUCUAGAGGCCACAUUUGAGAAGUUAGAGAAUGAACUGAAGGAAAUAAACACUAACCAGGAGGCCCUGAAGAAGAACUUCCUGGAGUUGACCGAGCUUAAACACAUCCUUCAUCGAACACAGCAGUUUUUUGAUGAGAUGGAGGAUCCCAACCUCCUGGAGGAGUCAUCAGCUCUAAUGGAAGGCAGUGAGGGGGGGCGUGGGGCCCCACUCAGACUGGGGUUUGUGGCUGGAGUGAUCAGCAGGGAGAGGAUUCCCACCUUUGAGAGGAUGUUAUGGAGGGUGUGUCGCGGUAAUGUCUUCUUAAGGAAGGCAGAGAUCGAGGACCCUCUGGAGGACCCCACCACGGGAGAUCAAGUCCAUAAGUCAGUGUUCAUCAUCUUCUUCCAGGGCGACCAACUGAAGAACAGGGUGAAGAAGAUCUGUGAGGGGUUCCGUGCCUCUCUCUACCCUUGUCCAGAGACCCCACAGGAGAGGAAGGAAAUGCUGGCUGGUGUCAACAGCCGCAUCGAUGACCUCCAGAUGGUGCUGAAUCAAACCGAGGACCACCGUCAGCGGGUGCUGCAGGCUGCCUCUAAAACCAUGCGGGUGUGGUUCAUCAAGGUGAGGAAGAUGAAGGCCAUCUACCAUACCCUCAACCUCUGCAACAUCGAUGUCACCCAGAAAUGUCUGAUCGCUGAGGUGUGGUGUCCUGUCUCAGACCUGGACUCCAUUCAGUUCGCUCUGCGUAGAGGAACCGAGAGGAGCGGCUCAACAGUUCCUUCCAUCCUAAACAGAAUGCAGACCAAGCAGACUCCACCAACCUUCAACAAGACCAACAAGUUCACAUCAGGCUUCCAGAACAUUGUUGAUGCCUACGGCAUAGGAAACUACAGGGAAAUCAAUCCAGCUCCAUACACUAUCAUCACCUUCCCCUUCCUGUUUGCGGUGAUGUUUGGUGACAUGGGUCAUGGUGUGUUGAUGACCUGUGCUGCCCUCUACCUGGUCAUCCGAGAGAGCCGCCUCCUCUCCCAGAAGAGUGACAAUGAGAUAUUCAACAUGGUUUUCGCUGGUCGCUACAUAGUCCUUCUGAUGGGGAUCUUCUCCAUCUACACUGGCAUUAUUUACAAUGACUGCUUCUCCAAGUCGCUCAACAUGUUCGGCUCUGGUUGGAGUGUGAGGCCCAUGUUUGGUCCUAAAGGAGCCAACUGGACGUUUGAGACACUUGAUGGAAAUGCAGUUCUACAGUUAGAUCCUGCUGUUCCUGGUGUGUUCAAUGGGCCCUAUCCACUUGGAAUCGACCCGAUCUGGAAUGUUGCCACCAACAAACUGACUUUCCUCAACUCGUUUAAGAUGAAGAUGUCAGUGAUCUUGGGUGUGAUCCACAUGCUAUUUGGGGUGUCUCUCAGUCUCUUCAACCACCUGUACUUCAAGAAGCCUCUGAACAUCUUCCUGGGCUUCAUCCCAGAGAUUGUCUUCAUGUCCAGCUUGUUUGGCUACCUCGUCCUGCUGGUCUUCUACAAGUGGACGGCCUAUGACGCCUUCACCUCCAGGGAGGCUCCCAGCCUGCUCAUCCACUUCAUCAACAUGUGUCUCUUCAACUACAAUGACCCCACCAACAAACCCCUCUACAGGGGACAGAUGGGGAUCCAGGUUUUGUUGGUGCUGAUUGCCCUUGCAUGUGUUCCCUGUAUGCUGAUUGUGAAAACAAUGGUGCUUCGGCGUCAGCACCUGUGGAAAAAGCACCUGUCCGAGAAGAGGGAAGAAACCCCUGCUGAGAAUCUAGAGCAGUCUUUAGAGCAAACAGGCGUGUCCUCAUCAUGCACCGGACUCACCCAACAGGGCACGCAGAAGUUUGGAGGAGUGCGAGUGGGCAACGGGCCCACGGAGGACGAGGCUGGCAUCAUGGACCACGACCAGCUCUCCCAACACUCAGAGGAGGGAGAUGAGCACUCAGAGGAAGAGCCGUUUAAUUUUGGUGAUGUAGCUGUCCACCAGGCUAUCCACACCAUAGAAUACUGUCUGGGCUGCAUCUCCAACACAGCCUCCUACCUCCGUCUCUGGGCCCUCAGCCUGGCUCAUGCUCAGCUGUCAGAGGUGCUGUGGUCCAUGGUGAUGCACUUGGGUCUAUCAUCCCGGAGCGGGGGUGGUUUCUUCGGCCUGUCAAUCAUCUUCUCUGCCUUUGCCACUCUCACAGUGGCUAUCCUGCUCGUGAUGGAGGGGCUGUCAGCCUUCCUGCAUGCCCUGCGUCUGCACUGGGUGGAGUUCCAGAACAAGUUCUACUCUGGCCAGGGCUUCAAGUUUGUCCCGUUUUCAUUUGAGAGCAUCCUGGAGGGGCGAUUUGAUGAGUGAUUGGGCCUCAGUCCAUCCAACAGGAAUCAACGGUGUUCCCAGCAUUCCUUCUCUCCUCUCUGUGUUUGUGUGGGUGUGCAUGAGCCCCAGUGUAGCCCUCUGUCACCCUCUAGUGGCAAUUUGUGAAAAUUUAUUGUGUAUGAGCUACUGUGUAAUGUAGGCUUUGUAAAGGUUUUUCCAGUGUCAAGCUUUGCUCUGCUCUUGCUGUAGCACAGCACUGAACGUGUGCUGUCUUUACCACCAUUGUCAUGACAUUUUCUCCAUCAGCUAUUCUUCAUAUAUCUUCCAUGAGUUAUCCAUUAUCAUUUAUAUUUGAUAAUGGAUGUGCUUUUAGCAGAUAAUACACAGUCCAUCAUCUACAUAUUAUUUUCUGUAGUUCUAUCUAGGUUUGAUACAAACCAAAUAUGGUUGAUAAACAAAACAUUUUUAGACUCACCUGGCUUUACUUCUGGUAACUGAACUGAUCAUCCAGUUAGGUGAGAUUUUUUGUUGAUAUGGUGGGAGACAUCAUAAAGCCAUUUUGUCCUAUGUGACGCUCAUUGACAUUCAUAUUAGUUAGGAUGGUGGUCUGUCCUUACAUAAUUCGAUGUUAUUUUCCAUUUUUUGCACAGAGCCUGCAUUUAUCAAGCACCUCAGAAUCUCAUUUGUAUCACUGUAAAAAUGAAACGUUCUCACACAAGUUUAGAUGAGACAUGGGUAAAAUCAAACUGAGCAAAAACAAUUCCACAUGUAGACUUCAUGUGUAUGGUCAGUCAGUAUAUCUAGCUAACGAUAGUAAUUGGCUUAAUGGGUUGUAAACGACAUAAAAAUACAUAUACUUUAAGUUUGACUCAGAUGAACUAAUAUCCAGUCACAUCACUUUGCAAUGCCGAGGAUUGUGUUGGAUUAUUUGUGAUAUCUUGCUUGAUCAGCCAUAAAAACAUUUCCGUUUUUUUUCCCUAAAGCUCUGUUCUCAUCAUAUAGAAUGUGAUCUCUGAUUUCCAUCUCUUGAUAUCUUCUUGGAUUUACGACACCUUUGCAGCUCUCCUACAAAUCAGCACUGAUCGUCACUUACAAAGGAGAUAAAAUGUUCCUCUCCUAGUCCUAAUACUAGAUCACAUGGGCGUCUCUCUGUGAAGCGCUGGUCUGUCAGGACUGAUGUCCCACUCUGAGACACUGGAUAAAUACAGGCUCUGAUUAACAGCACCACAGUUCUACUGGAAGAAGACCAACACCCAGACUGUGUCAGUAGUUAUAGGGGCCAAACAACAUGAACCAGUUCAGUUCUACAUGCAGCACAGGUACCUCAUGUCUAUGCAGAGCUUGGAGCAGUUUUUCACUGUAAAAAUCUUUCAAGAUUCAUCCUUCUCAAAAAAGCUGAACAUCAGCUGUGAUCUGUGUAUUCAGCAAUCACAGCUUUUAUUUAAACUGCAAUUCACAGUCAUACAGAAAAUGAGGUUAACAACAGUGUUUGAGUUCAGCUGCAUAUCAUGAGAGCAACAUUAUUUACAAUCACGUUGUAGCUUUAAAAAUCCGUGUUUGGCUCAAUUGGAUGUAUUGAUUUGUUUCUUGCUGACCAUGAACCAGUGUUGUAUUGAGAGGAGGACAGAGAAGAAGAUGUCAUGUCCUCUGUGCUGUGAUCUGUAGCUCUCCUGUGCUCACUCUGUGACUAAAUGUAAACCACAUGAAGUGAAUUGAUGAAUUUGCCCUGAAAAUGUCCAAAGUGUAAUUGUGCGCAGUCCCUUCCAGUUGCUUCAGAAAUUCGGCAAAUCGUUAUCUUUGUCCUUUUAAAAAAUUCCAUUGAAAUGCCAUUCAAACAGAGGCAGCAUUUAGAAACAGCAACAAUCAUACUGGUCUAAAAAUCAAGGUUGUUGAUAUCGGAUAUGAUUUUUAUUAUUCUGAUGAUGCUGAUUCUUGUGUUUCUUUUGUUUCAUGAAAACGUAUUUACUACCUAAAGUGUUAUAGGUAGCUUAUAUUUGCAACUGGACGUGACUACUGACAUGGAAGGUAAUGUGUUGUGGUCAAUGAUAAAAAGAUACCUGUGGAUCCA